UAUUUUUAUUGGAAGGUGCCUAUAACCUACUUGUAACUUCCACUUCGUCCCCAACAUCAGCAUAGCCAUUUGUCAGCAUCACAAUUGCCGUUGUCAUGGGAUAACUACACAUCUUCCUGUUUAUAGCUUGUUGCAUUAAAUACUGCACUGCUUUAAUUUAUUUAUUUGUUCAAAAUUGUUUGAUAGGCUUUAAAGUUGUCCCUUGAGCCAAUGCAAAGGGAAAGGACAAACACCGCCACCUGCCGCAAGGCGCCAGGCACCAAUGCUGUGGACGCAACCAUCAUGACGGCGCCAGCAGGGCCGGCGCGGCCCCAGACACCACUACUGCCUGCACCUUUUGCUGCUCUCUCCCCUCCUCUCUCGGAGCCAGACGUACCUCCUCUGGCUCAAAAGGCAUCUGGUGGCCGACUCUCCUUCUUUGGCCGUGACGGUGACGUGUUGCUGGAGCUGUCCCACUCGCCGGCGCAGCUGAGGGAGCGGCCCGCCCGCUGGGUGGCGCUGGCCAAAAAGCCGGCCUGGCCUACGGUGACGGUAACGGCCCCGCUCGGCGAGGUCCACGGUUUCCAGGCGGUGCUCCGCUCACCGCGCCGGUGGCGGCUGGCCGGACGGAAGCAGACGAACCCGGGCAGGAAGCCGGCGGGCGCGCUGUUCAGUGGCCGAAGGAGCCGGCGUCCGGCCGGUGACGGUCCGCCAGCCGUCUGCCCGCGCCGGCUGGGCCGCCGACCGUGCGGCGCCGCCCCUCCGGCUGUCACUCCCACCCCGGCCGGCUGCCCCGCCCGGCGUACUGACCGGCUGGCCGACGCCGUCCGCCGGCUCUCCCAGCGCGGCGCGCAGUCGGGUCCCGCCCCAGCGCCGGACCGGCACCCCCUGGUGCACGGUAUCGACGCGCUGCUGGCGGGUCCCGAGCGGCUCGCAGCGCCCACACUGCCAACACCGCCGCCCCGGCCGGCGCGGCCCGAUUACAGCGCUGUGUACCACCUGACCGAGCCGAGCGCCGCGCCGCCCUCACCGCUACUGCUGGCGCGGCUGGCCGGAGGAGGAGGAGCCCUUCGGUCUGUGACCGGGCGGCCGAGGCCGGCGCACGCGGCCUCCGGCCGGUGCUCCGCCGCGCUGGACUACAGCAGAACUAUGGACGAGCCGUUGAACCUAUCGAUGCGGUAGUGGGACCAGUGACUGUCUUCCAAGAACCAGCACCAUUCUGCCCCUGUGUGUGCGUUCCCUGGACCAGCAUAAUCCAGCCCGAGUGGAUGCACUUCGUGGACCAGCAAUAUUAUGCCAUUAUGGCUGUGGACCAACAACUGAGUGCUUAGUCGAUGGACCUUUGCCGUCCACCGUGUACGAACAAAAUCUCAUGGCGACUUUUAUGUGCGACUUGCGGAUGCAAGCCAGCGGCGACUGGCGACCGUGGAGGCAUUAACGACAGAAAGUGCCUUCCGAUGUCCUAUCGUAGGUCAUACGUUUUCAUACAUUUAUUCAUACGUUUAUAAUAUCAGUGACGUGCCAAACACAGUGUACACACACGCUGCUCAUGUGGAUAUUUGUUUAUGUUUGUGUUUAUCUUGUAUUUGUGUUUCUAGAGCUCCCUAGCGCUGCCACAUCUUGCACUGUUAACUUGCAAAUAUAUAAAGACAAUGCUGAA